AUGGAUUUGCUUGGACAAAUGAAUAAUGCUAUAUUUAUUAUUUGCCUAUUAUUAUCAAACAUACUGAUCAUUGGCUUGAAAGCUGUUCCAGUUGAAGAGCCUAGUAAAAAUAAAGUAAUGGCCAAGAAAGAGUUAGCAUUGAAAUGUGAAAUUGAAGAUGGUGAAGAAUUAACUUGCGAGAAAUGUGUUCAAAAAGGAACAAAUUGUUUUUGGUGUGUAUCAACACAAAAAUGUAUGCCAUAUCAAUGGGAUUUUCCAAAUUGUCAACUAAAAUAUGUGCGAAAAAAUAAUUGCUGGGUUGAUUGGUUUGCUGUGAUCAUUGUUGGGAUGACAAUUGUCGCAAUCGUUAUCACUGCUAUUUGCUACUGUUUCAUUCAUUUUUGCAUGAUAUGCAUUGAUUAUUAUCAGCAAAUAAAACAUGCAAGUGAAGUGUUAAGGUUGAAAAAAGCUGCUGAAAAAAGAAUUGCACUGCAAUAUCAAUAUCAGCAGCGAAGAAUGGAACGAAAAAUUAUUAAAGAUAAUAUUAAAAAGAAAUAUGGUAUCCCACUAACAACACCAGCAUUUGAAAAAUUCAAAUGA